AUGGACAAGAAUACAAGCACACUCAAAUUCUGUGUGUACCUUCUCACGUCGAUAAAUCCCGGGUUUAAGUACCACACAUAUAUAGGAAAGACAACAUCACCACCACGACGUAUAAAACAGCACAAUGGUAUAAUAGCGGGUGGUGCGUUCAAGACGGAGUCAAAACGACCGUGGGAGAUGGUAGUCGUAGUCCAUUCCUUUCCGACACAAGCAAAAGUUCUUCAAUUUGAGUGGGAUUGGCAACAUCCGGAGAAAGGGAAGAGGGUGAAAGAUGCGUAUGAGCACAUGAAAGGAAAGCAAUGUGGAACGAUGUUUUCCUUACGUUUCAAAAUACGUCUUCUCGCCGAGAUGUUGCAGAUGCCUGCGUAUUGUCGAUUGCCAUUAGGUAUCUAUGUCACAACGCAUCGAUACGACGAAUUUUUAGAGGGGUGCCCAGCAUUACCAGAGCAGAUGGUAGUGCAGUAUGGGGCAAUCGAAGAUGUCAUGAAAUUUGUUGGGACGUCGUUAAGUCGACGGCGCAACAAAGGGAGCAAGCGACACAACAAUAUAUUUGAUAAUGUGUGUCACACAACACAAAGUGAGUUGUCCGAGUUGAUCAAUGAAUUUCAUCUUGACGAAGAGUCUCAACUGAAAAAGCGACGAGAGAGUGCAUUGGUGUCUCCUGAUGAGAAAGUGGAGAAGAAGAACACUCCGAUGGAAGAAGAGAGUCCUUCAGAAACUUCCGAAAGUGACAAUGAAAACCUUUGUUGUGUCUGUAAAGUAAGGAUGCGCCUCGACGAAAAGGCAGUCCACUGUACAGAAAAGGGAUGUUCGAUGAGAGCACACUUGACAUGUUUGGGAAGACUAUUCACACGUGAACAAGACAUACUCGUACCGACGGUUGGGGUAUGCCCAAAAUGUCAUCGAGAAAUGCGGUGGGGUGAUGUCAUCAAGGACUUCAAAGCUCGAACUGGACUCUAA